AACAAAGAUGGCGUCAAAAUGGUGGAACGGAAAUACCAACUGAUAGAAUAAGCUACACUUAUCAUGGCAUCUCCCCGGGAAAAAGUUGUGAGAAUUGAUGAGACCAGUCAACAUUCAAGUAGCACUCCAGCACGCAGAGCCUUGACCACAGCUGGUACCACAGUGCUGAGCAGUGGCAAAUACAGCCAGUUCAGGUAUACAUCAAGUAUACCCCAGAGUCCAGAUAUUAACACAGAUAGUGAUGUGGAUACUGCUGCAGAUGACUCUGGAAUUGAUGGAGAAUUUCAGGAUGAAGAUCUUAGUGAAGCAGGGGAUGUGUUACGACCUCUCCCAGAGGGAUGGCCAUCAAUACCUCAGAUAUUUCGACGAAGAAGUUGUGAGCUAACAAAUGCAGCACUGCCGUGUGUGAAGAAAGCAGUAGCUCACUUAGAACUGCUUCAGACAUCUAUUGAAGAAUGGUGUCGAGACACAGGAACCAGAGCCAGCACAGAAAUACCUGGGUCAAGGGCAAGUCAGGCCAGCAGUUCCACAGGAUCUCUAACUUCUGAGCUUCUUGCUCAGCAGAAAAAAGGUACACCUAAAAAACAACUACGCUUUGCAUCACGUAUGUCAUCAGGCCGCAGUGAGACAGCUGCUGACAGAAGGACAACUAGUAGUAUUUCUAGAGCAACUUCAUCAGCAGAUACCCUGUCUGUGCGUGGCGUAGGAGUAAAUGAUGACCGCCCUGACAUCAUGCCACAAGGUCUGCAGGCUGAUAUACCAUAUCUUGGUGCAGAGGAAGUUGUGGAUGAGGUGAUGACUCUCAUUGCCAGGCUUGAGAAAGACAGAAUAGACACAGAGGACAUGCUGAAGAAAGAGAAAGAGCGUGUCAGAACACUUAAUCAUAAAAUAGACAUGUUAGCUGAGAAGAGGUCUGUUGAUCUUCCAGCAGCUGUGCAAGGAGAACAUGAGGCAUGUUCCAUGGACAUAAGUGAGUUGGCUUGGCAUGUUGCAUACAAGGAGAGACUAGAAGAGAGAAUUCAACACAAAGUUGGGGUAGCAGAAGUUAUGAACAAACGCCUGAAGGAGGACAUUGCCUUUGUCCAGAAACACUGCCCUCUCGUGGAGGAAAAAUUAUCGCUUGAGCGGAACGCUAUGGCCAAAAUCAAAGAAGCUCAAGAUGAUACCGUUGAUGAGUUACAAGUUACUAUUGACAGAAAACAGAGUUGUGAAGCCAAAUCUGCUGAAGCUUUUUCUAAAGCCGAAAAGGAACGUAUGCAUAUCAAAUCAGACUUGGAUGGUGUGAGAACAGACCUCAACCAUGUCAGUGAGGAUUUGGCUGAGGCCAAGAUGAAUAACAAUACCUACAUUCACCAGAUGAAUGACUGUAGACAACAGCUCCAUGACAAUGACCAGGAGAUGAUUGUGCUCAAUGUGAAAAAUGAAAACUCCCGAGCUGCAGAAGAGAUACAGGCUAGAAAGGUGAAAGAUCUAGAAGGCAGAAUUAGGGAGCAGACAUUUGAACACAAGAAACUAGAAGAGAAUAAUGAUAGACUGACAGCCUGGAAGGAAUCUAAGCCGCAAGCUAAGUUCACAGAGCAGAUCUCUGAGCUUGAGAAUCAGAGAGAGUUGAAGGAAGAGACAUUAAAACAACUUCUUAGGAAGAAUGAUGAGAGAGAUAUGAUGAUAGCAGAUAUGACGCAGAAGAUUCACCAGUGUCAAAAACAGAAGGUUAUAGACGAGAAAAACACCGUCAGAAUUCACAAGGAGAUUGCUCGCACAGAGAAACAGAUCGAGGUGACAAUGGAGGAACUGAGCAAAGUUCAGACCAUAAAUAGAGCUAUCAGAGAUACCCUCAUGUCAGAGGAGAAUAAGGCCUCACUUGAAGAAGAGAAACUGAGGAUUACUGCUGAGAGCUUAAAGAAACAAGUUAAGGAUGAGAUCCAUACAAAAACAGUGAUGCAAGCAAGAAUAGUGUCAGACAACACAGAACUGGUCUCUUCUCAUGAUGAAUUCAAAGCAAAAAGAGAAAAGGUCCAGAAAGUUGUAGAUGAAUUGAUGGAAAAUCUCAGAGUUAUACUUGGGAAAGUGGAAAAGUUAAGAGCUGAAUAUGCCAAAAGGGCAAAGGCCAUUGAAGGUUUAGACAAAGAAUUGAAUCAGGUCCAAACUAUGCACCAAGAACUAGAGACAAAAUUAAUGGGCAGGAAAAAUGUGUUGGAUCCACAAAAUAAUGAACUUAAGGCAAGCAAUAAUGAGUUGGACAAUAAAAUUGAGAAGGCGAAUAAAAGAACUGAAAUGAUCUUGAGCAAGCUUGAGGACAUCGACAAAUCCAAUAACAUGAUGAAGAGAGUCUGGCAGAAGACAGAGCUGGCCAUAAAGCAGGCUAAUGAGAAGGCAGAAGAACUGGAUAUCAAGUUGGCUUAUGCACAAAAAGUGGACCAAGAAACCAAAGAAUCUCUACUUAGAACAACUACUCGUAUGAACACAUUAGAUAUGCAGCAUGAGCAACUCAUGAAGGACAGGCGGGAAGUGCAUGAAAAAACAAUGACUGACCUCACAGAUAAACUGAUACUAAAUAAGGAGCUGGCCUCACGCUACAGACAGUUGCAGUUGCUGUAUGUCAAAGUGAAGAAUGAAUAUAUGAAUGAAUAUGAUGGCAGAGUGAACAUGGAAUCUACAAUAAAAGAUCUAAAACAGCUUCACAGUUUGCAAGUCAGAAUGCAUGCUGCUCUUCAGGAGUACUACAAAUGUCGUGGAGCAUACAAUGAGUAUGAACUGAAUCGUAUGGAAAGUGAAACUGCUGACAAUGCUCACAAAGUCAGUGAGCUGCAAGGCCAACUGGAUGGAGCUCUGUCAAAGAUUGGUCAGUUUUUGAAAACUCAUUUAGAUGGAGAUGCAGCCCGCAGAAUGGCCAUGGAGGUGCUGAGAAGAGAAGAUGCUGGACUUGCUAGAGAGAAGACAGAAGUUUUACUGGAAACUGCCACCAAUGGUACUGCUGUAGCAGCUCAUUAAAUAACAAUAAAAGUGUUCAAAAAUAAUGUUUAUACUUUGUCAAAAUAAAGACAUCCCACUCCACUAUAACCAAGUGGAUUAGAUGCUCCUUGCCAAUGGUUGGUUAUAAAUUUUUUAAAGUUUAUGAAACAAGUGGCCUACUGAUUAUUUAUCACAAGUGCCUUCGUGAAGUAUGGAUAUAUUGUGGUGGUGAUACCAUUUUACUAUCAUCUACAUCAUUUUUCAAGUAAAUUAUAUUUAGUGAAAAACAUUAAGCUGUGUUUUCUUCAGUAAUGUUUGCUGCUUACACAGCUCAUGGAGAUGUACAAUUUUAAUUCCCAACCAUUAUACAUAUUAUACAAAGCUGUGCAGAGCACAUCUAUGUUCUUUGUCAUGAAAAGAUGGUGUUAACUGUAAUACAGUAAAUGCUGGUUAAAUUGUCACUUAAUAAAAUGUUAGUUUUGCACACUGUUGUUCCUGGCAAACCAUUAUAUCAGACUACAAGACUU